GUUCGGGUUCCUCUUCAUCUCAUAAUCGAUGGUGACUUUAAAUUCGGUAGUACACAUGUCAAUCCUAAAAUCAAUUUUUUAUUUGUCGCUGGUGAACGCGGUGUUCUCCAACGCUUACGAAAAUGCGCUUCAACCCCUGAAAGACUACGACCCAGACAUCGAGCCUUAUGAUGAUUCCGGUCAAACCGAAAAACCAAUUUUCGAUUAUCGCAAAAAUGGCUUCAGAGUUGAUGUCAGAAUCGUUCCAGCAGUGAAUAAUACUAUUGUCGAAGAAAGUGGGAAUGAUCGCUUUCCCGAAUUUCCUCUAAGGGAAAUUAGUCGUUGUAUAUUUGACCUAUCCCUCACGUGUGUUCAAAAAAGAGUGGCUAGAUUUCUCGAGGUCGUUACAGAUUUAAAAGAAAUUACACUUUUGGGACAAGCUAUCAAAUUAGUGAAGACCAAAGUGGCCAAUCCAGUGGCAAGUGAUCGGAAUUUAAUUGUUGACGGAUUAAAGGAGAAAAUUGAUCGGAGUAUUGACGAUUUUUUUGAUACUUUUGUGCUUAGGAUCACAUUGCCUAAAUGGAAUGGAAAGAAUAAUCAGAUUAAUCUCAUGUUCGAUGAUGCGGCUGUAGCUGAAGGACGUGGUAAGAAAGGCGGCGGAGGUGGAAAAGGUGGGGGAAAGUGCAAAAAAAUGAUGAUGAUGAUGAUGAUGAUGCUCAAGAUGAAAAUGAUGGGAAUGAUAGGAAUGAUGGCAAUGAAGGGAAUGCUGAUGUCUGGCGCUUCACUUAUGAUGUCUAAGGCUAUGCUAAUACAGAAAUUAAUGAGUUUGAAGGGCGGUGGUGGAGGAGGUGGAUCUGGAGGCGGAGGCGGAUAUGGCGGCGGUGGUGGAGGUGGCGGCCAAUUGAAGGAAAUAGUUCUGUUAACGAAAUCUGGAGGUGGCGGAGGUGGCGGAGGUGGUGGUGGCUGUGGAGGUGGAGGAGGUGGAGGCGGAUGUCCAGCAGCCCCAAUGGACAGUUAUGGAGCACCACCGCCAAGCAGCUACGGUGCACCUGCUGGUGGUGGAGGAUAUGACUCUGGUGGUGGUGGUGGUGGCGGCGGAGGAUGGGGUCGAAGUUUUAAUAACCUUCCCAUAGCCAUGAACCACUAUAAUUCGAACAAUUUUCAAGAAACAAAUCCCGUACCCUUAAUUGGAGAAGCAAUUUCUACUCAGGAUUAUAAUUUAAAUUCAAAUGUAACCCGAAACGAAUGGUAUCACAAAUCAAAUUCUAGCACGCCUAUGAUUAAAAAUGUAACGUCAGAAAAUAACUAUCUACAGACAAACAGCAGCAAACAAAAUUCGACUCUAUCAAAUCAUCGCGAAACUUAUAAUGAUCAUACUCAAAAUAGUACUUUGAAUUUCAAAAAUUUGCAACCGAUUUAUAUGAGGGACUGGAAGAAUUAUGAUUCUUCUAAAAUUCGCAGUAUUUUGCAUCCGAAUUUUCUGACUACUCGUAAAGUACAAGGAAACACUUAA